CCUAAGUCAACAACGGUCCAAGUCUGGCGUAUGCCGUGCCUGACGCAAGGGGGCCAGCUGCUGCUAUUUUGGGGCCGCUUCUGUAAGUGUUUAUUGAUAGCCAGCCACCAUACGAAGCGUACAGGCUGCGGAUAUUUAACCCCUGAUGACGAUUUCAACGCAGGACCAGAGAUAUAACUGAAGAGCGGAAGAGAGUGAGAGAGAAGGGGACCAACCAACAUGUCUAUCAAGGUACACUUACCGAGAUCCGCCCCUCGCCCGAGAUUUCUCACCGACCCGAACACAGGAGAGGAGUACAAAGUGUGCGACUUGCUCGGGAAGGGAGGGUACGGGGCGGUUUACAAGGUAAGCGAUACCGAGGACUUGGAACUCGCUAUAAAAGUCAUCCGGAAAAAGGAGGCCCACCACGACCGCUACCGCUGUAACUCCCAAUGGCAGGAGAUCGAGAUCCACAGCUCUCUGUCUCACCAGAAUGUCAUAGCCUUUCAUAGCUUCUUCGAGGACACCUUACACUUCUAUCUGGUUAUGGAGUACUGCAGUAGAUCAUUGGAGGACAUGUUGAAAGAGAAGCCUGUGGUGGGGGACAGCGAGGCCAAGUUUUGGUUCCGCCAAAUAGUCGAGGGAACCAGCUAUCUACACGCCGUGGAAAUCGUGCACGGGGACUUAAAACCGAGAAAUAUCUUACUGACUGAAGACAUGGAGGUUAAGAUAGCCGACUUCGGCAUUGCCACGAACCUUGCCGACGGUAAGUCGUGUAAAAUACGAGGGACUCCGACCUACAUCGCCCCCGAGGUGCUCUCGGGCGAUGGCUUCAGUUUCAAAGCAGAUGUGUGGGCACUUGGCUGCAUCCUCUACAGAAUACUGAUCGGACAGAGUGUACUGAAGGAAAAGGGCAUCAGCACGAGACAGGUUGACCAGUUAAAGCGACAGUCAAAGGUCUUUCUGAUAAAGAUGUCUCUGCCAUUUUCUGUUUCUCCUCUGGCAAAAGAUCUUAUUCAAAGGAUGCUGAGUUGGACACCAAGGUCACGUCCAACUCCGGAGGAGAUCCUGAAAAGUAAGUACUUUAACGAACCCGAGAGGAGACCCUCGUGGCUGAAGAGGAAACCCCGGGUUCUUGCCAACGGCGAGCGCGUCGAUCGGAGACCGUCGAUCGUCAGGCGGCUCGAGCGGAAACUGUCGCGGAAGGUCAAGCGGGAGGACGUAGCUAUGUACGCCGCCGAUCGCGAGGAGAACGCCUCGGCUGACGGGAAUAAGGAGAACUGUGUCGAUUCUGCAGCUGGACAUUCCUCCAACCUCCUGGCCCCACCGCGGCCAGAAGCAGUCGGCACGGAUGCGCACGGAGAAGCCGAGAAAGACGAUGAUAACCCGGGUGCGAGGAAUCGGCAAUCUUCGCCAUCAAGAAGAUCACCUCUUCUAGCACAACCUCCACAUCCGGUUCAACUUGACACGCACAAUACGUCACUUCCGCCAGCGCCGACCCGUCAGCCAUGUCCGACCACUCCGAAGAUGAAAAGACCUCCCUCACUAGCACACACGCACGCACAGAGACUGGAGAAGACGGCUCCAGCUCAAUCGUUUCCAGCUAGUCCUAAGUUGCCGAGAUCCUCGGUGAUCGGUCACAGCCCCGUGCAGAGAAGACGAGUCCUACGGCGGCAAGACGUCGUCGGAAGGGACCCGUGUAGAGGGACGUACGCGGUGGAGUCAACCAUUCAACCGCUGCGGUCUCCCCGCACGGACUCGGUGACGGAUAACGAGUACAACGACCUGUUAGUCCGAUCGAGAAGUCCUCCGUCCAGACAUGCUGCUACUCCCGCCAUAGUCGUGACUGACCAGGUCACCAGGCGGAACCAGGCGCCGGACACGCCGCGCACGCGGGCCCGGAAAGCGUACAUCGCUCCGGAGUUUGAGGACGAAGACGACAUCGCUACGAACGCGUACAUCACGAAAAGGAGGCAUUCGGCAGAUUCCGCGAGGAUAAGAAAACAGACAACGCCGUGCGUUAUACAAAUCCCUGUCGACGACGUCUACACCGCGACCAACGUCCCGAUGGCACAGACAAGCCCGACCGUCUCACGUCUACCUUUGAAAAAGUUAGAUCAAGCAACAGCCAGCACGGACUCUCUGGCCACAACAUGUCCACCAGUUGAUGCAGAAGAGGGCCUGUUGCGGACAACGUCAUCAACGCCAAGCCAGUUAAGCCCGGUUCCGAAGUCAGCACGACUAAGUACCAGCCACGUAACGUUAAUAAGCCCACCUGUUUCACCUAAAAGAAUAGCACGACCACCUACUCCAGCUGCAGUGCAAUCGCCUCCAAGAAGCCCAAGAUUAUCACUACCGGGAACACCGAUACAAACCCCUCCGAGGAGCCCAAGGCUGUCACAACCAGGGACACCGAUAGCAAUACAGUCCCCACCAAGAACACCCAGACUUAGCCUUGCUCCAAGUCAUUGUUCUUCGAUAACGGACAUCAAGGCACAAGCAAGCCCGACUCCUCCUAGGAGCCCGGCAUUUGUACCCCGGCAUACUCCAUCACCUCCCCGCAUGUUCUUUGCCAAGACGCCCUCCCCAGUUGACUCAGACGCCGCUCCUGCAUUCGCGUGGCCCGAAGAAAUGCCGGAGGACGCAUCCGACGACGACUUCCAAACUUGUCAGAUCGACACACCCUGUCCCUCGCUACCCAGGGGUACAAAAUCUAGGUGUGUUUCCGAACCCACGCGGUUGCCGAGUAUGGCUGAAUCUGAGGACACGAAUACGCCGCCAUCAACUCCAACAACAGACAUGGCGGACUGCUGGGACGACGCGUCGACGUCAUCAGUAAACAUAGCAGAACAUUCGUACACCUCCGAGACGACUGUGACGUUGAAGAGUCCGCAGCUGAACAGAAUCGACCAGACCAGACAGGGAAAGAGAAAAUUCAAACGGAUGUUUUUCAAAGGGAUGAGCAAGAGUACGUCUGAAGAAGAUGACUUCAUGACAUGUGACGAAGAUAUGUGAGUGAACACGAAGACGUUUUGAUGAGUGCAGUGAGACAGAGAAUGUACAAAAGAUAUGAGAGCAUAGAGAAAGGUUCUAGUAUGACAAUUGAGGUAAGUGCGCCAACACAAAAACGAAGCGAUUCAUAAUCGAUAUUCCAGUUGAUGUGCAAAAGUGUGAAAAAAAAGCAAAGUACAUGUAUCAAGAAUCAGGAAAAAAUGAACUGACACAUGCUGACUUACAAGCAAAUACACAGGAAGAACGGUACAAUUAUUGACCUGAAAGAACAGUGAGUCGUCGCCAGUGUAAAUACGUAGAAAAAGCCACCAAAAGUGUAUAAAAAUUGUAAAUAUGGUUGAAAUAUCUUCUAUGCGUGCUGUAUAACAGCAACGUCACAGAAACAGCUGGUGUGCUACUCCUAUGGGUGGUUAUACCGGGUAUACAGAUACAGAAGUCAAGUACCAAAGAUAACAGGAGAGUGAAGACAUAUCA